AAAUCAAAGAGUGCGUAACUAUGUCGGAACGUUCGGAAAUGGAACAUGUGAGCAGAUUCAGUGUAGGCACAAUACCUUUGUCUGUGCUCAUUGAGUUUAUUUCGCAAAAAGUGUAUACAGAUCUAAUGCGUCUUAUUGAUUUGUUACCAAGCAAAACUGAUCUUGAAAAAAAGAUAGAGAUUGCCACGUUCUUCAGUCGAACGCAGCAUAUAUUUAUUCGGCUUGAAGCACUUGUAAAAUGGUCCAACAGUGCAUCGAAGGUUGACAAGUGUGAGAAAAUCUCCAACUUUUUGGAAGAACAAACAUUCUUCUUAAUUAGCACAGCUAACGCUCUUUCCAGACUUCUCAGAGAAACACUUGUCAGUGCCAGAUUGCCUCCUUUUUCUGUGCUUAGUGCUAUAGAGGUUUUCACGAAAAAAGGAUACACUCGUCUUCCUAAGUCAAUUAAGAAUUGUGCUGUUGUCGAACAAUCGAUAAAUGAAAAAGAAAAACAAGAAGUUUUAUUAAAUUUGAAUAGUUUAAUCCAAACUCGUCUUAGCCUUAGUCAAAUACCAAAUCAAUUCCGAAAAAUAAAAAUAACUAAUGGACGUGCCCAUUUUCUUGUUCCAAAUGAAUUCAGUGUCACAUUAACUUUGAUGUCAGAAGCACUUGAUUUCCCAUGGCGAAUUCUGGACAUCAAGUUUCUAAUAAAAGACCCGUUGAUGAACUAUCAGGAUCUUGUUCAUCCGGCUCAGACAAGACUCAUCAUUAACCAGGCUCAGUCGCGUCUUCUUCAUCGUCAGUUCGAUAAACGUCCACCACUUGUUCAUCUCUACGACAUGUUACAUGCUUUUAGCUUAUCACUUCAGUUGGAUAUGUUGCAUGAACAAGCGCAACGGAUACGUUCAAAACGGUCACCGGAUCAGUUCACCAUAGAGGCGUAUAGACCUAGUAGAUGUCUAUCGAUCUGUUAUUGGCAUGGUUUAGCCAGAACUCAGUAUAACUCGAUCAUGAGUCUAGAUGGAAAAUUAUAUCCUACUGCUUAUUCGCUCACCAUUCAUGUUGAUAUGACAGAACCUCGGCGACCUUUGUGUCUAAGCCAUCGUCCGGAAAUUUCCACUUCUUUAACACAGUUAGUUGGAACUACAGUACAGCGGAACUGUCUUUCGAUUGAAACCCUUUUAACACAAACUAUGUUCGCUCGAGGCAAACAAAUGUUACAGGAUUUGCGACAAGAGUUACUUGUCCUUAGUCCCGGACCUGUACGUUUGACCGACGCUCCUUUAUGCCUUUACGUACCAGUUUUAUGGCCAUGUGGAUCACAGGAAUCCCUGCAAGUUCGCAUAGAUCCUGUCCAGGGUUUUAUAUGCGCUUCUUUCCCACUACUCACUUCCCUUGAUACCGAAUUCGGUGCUCUGAGUUCCCCUGUCAAUAUUCCUUCAAAUUUUACUGGGAUUACUGAAAAUUUUUCACGUUCCAGUGCUAUCAAUGCCCUCGCUUCAUUGGAGUCCGCCUUCAAUCAAGCGUCUUCGAAUCGUGUUCGUAUUGUCACUGCCUCUGGAGGCGGCGGGUUAGUUCAACCACAUGAAAGUGAUCGUAUUUCAUCGAUUCAAUCAAGAAGUCUACGUAACCUGGCACACGGUGAUGUUCGUUGGCGUACUGUAAUAUCGGAUUGUCUAGAACAUCUCCGACUGUGUUUAGGCCUAACGCGGUUAAUGCAAACAGCAAAAAUCCAUCGACCAUUUUGGCAUCCGUUUAAACGACAUCUUCCGCUAAUCUUAUCUCCUGUGCAAGUUGCAGCAGCCAAGACUCCAUGGUGUGAAAUGUUAAUCCGCUUGCAACAAUCAUGCCGUUGGCCUAUCCUAUUUGCUCAAUUAUUUCCAAAUAAUGAAUAUUAUAUAGCCUGCGAAGUAAUUUUAGCUCCGUUGAAUGUCCUCUACAAGUAUUACUUAAUUGUGUGUAGUGCACUUCCAGAACAUUACAUGAGUAGUAUUAGCACAAAUUCUCAAGGGGUGCUUGUCUAUAAUAACCAGGGUGAAGUGAGUUCCACCACCACCGCCACCACAACCGCUGGACACCACCACCAACAACAACAUCCCGGUGAAACUGGAUUAUUUCUUCAGGUGACUCAUUUCACACCACUUUCACCGGAUAUUGUCUGGUCGAAUAAUCCAUCGAUAACAUUGCAACGAUUAUGUGCUUGUAUCAGAAAGGCUCAAGCAAAUAUUGCAGAUGGACGUUCAUCGCGUUUAACUGAACUAUUAAAUCGAAUUAAAUUAUCGCAUGCAAUUGACACUGAGGCAAUUUCUAGUAGUAGUAAUAGUGGUAGUAGUAGUACUCUAGAUGAACCUCAAGCUACUGUGCCAACAUUAGCUCAUUUAUUCUCAAGAUUAGGCGAAAAUGUAAUCACCAGUUAUAUUACAAUGGAACUUUCGUGUGCAGGAAUCGAACACACUGGGAUACAUUAUGAUGGGUCAGGCUGUUUACCUACAAUUGCAAUAACCAGCAUACCUUUCAAUCCACCUAGUUGGUAUCCGACAGGUGGGGGUAUUAUCCCACUGAUGAAUUAUGUUCAUGAAAUUGUACUUCGUCCAUAUUUCGAUCCAUUUACACAUCGUCGUAGUUGGCAGUUGGAUAUUCUGUUCACCGGGAUUCAACCACAUUUGAAUAAUGCAGCUAAUCGUAAAUCCAAAUCUUCAAAAUAUAUACGUCAUCAAACAGCUGAAUGGACGGUUUCAAGACUGGAACACUUUAUUAUCGUUGUGCAUAAUAUACUCAUUGAAUGGGAAAGUUUAUGUUUAAUGCAUGCGCUAUGCUAUCAUGUGGUCAGUAAUCCUGAGAUUCAUCUGCCGGAUGGUGUCGAGGUGUAUUCAUACAAUUUGAAAUCAUUGGCAUUGGUUUAUGGGAAAACAUAUCUAGCUGAGAUAUCAAUGCCUACGGGGGGGAAUAGAUUCAAUCUGUCUCUGGGUUUCCGACCACUAGAUUCCGCCUCCUCUUCUGUUGUUAAUGAUGAUCGUCACGGUGAUAAUCGCAAUAAUAAUAAUGAUGGUGAUGCGGAUGACUGCGGCGAUGAUGGCAUUGCUGCUUUCAGUGCUGAUGGCGAUGAUGAUCAUAUCGUUAAUGUGGAUUUCAACCAUCAUAUGAUUGUUAGACAACAUUUAGAAGAAUUGCUGAAUACCAGUAAAUCGAUACACGUGUUAGCUACUACAUUGUUGAAUACAUUGAAGUUCUUCCAAUCUAUGGAGUAUCUUCGGGAUCUUGUUUUAUCCUAUAAUGGUUUAAAGGUUUUCCCUUUCUCCAACAACUCUAUCAAAUCUGUACGUGGUAUAGUGCUUAUCGCUUUGUCAUCAAAUGAUCUCAUACUUAUCUAUCGUGCAUCGUUAAGUCUACGGAUUAUUCUGAAGAAACUUCCGCAGCCAGCUACACUCCCCAGCCUGCAAUCAUCAUCAUCAUCAUCCUAUAAUCAUAACGAUUCAUGGAAGUACUUGAAGUGUAUUCAGUUAUCUGAUGGAUACAGUCAGUUAACUGGGAAGAUUUCGUAUCCAUCUGUUCCUGUGCCUACAGAGUCAUGGGAUAGUCAAACGAAUAGUGGCAACGCUGAUUUGUGCAAUUUAGUCCCUUUACCAGCCUUCACGAAAUUUUUGAAAUCCUUGGAGGAAUUGUUUGAAAUGAAUGCAGAGGAAAUAUCGACAGGAUUGACUGUUAGUCAAUUUAUUCAGCUAAUCAGACCAACUUAUACCAAACUGAAAUUAAGAGUAACUUCAAAAUGUUCAACUAUCCCUACUCCUACUGCUACUACUAUGACUACUUCUAAUCGAAUGAAUUCUAAGCUAACACUGCUUGAAUCCUACUUGUCAACGAGUCUUCUAUUUCACGCGGCUGUUUUAGCCAAUCAAAGCUUAGAUGUUCCUGUACUUGCUGUGAUGAAUGACCAGAAGGCGGACGAUCAUCGAAUCAAUCAGCAGAAUACGAAUGAUGUAUAUGCGAAUGCUGCAUUUAUGUCUGUUUGGCCAAUUUGUCAGCUGACUGUCCAUGUGUCAAUGUUGUCAACCUGUUGUCGUCAACCGACUGGCAUUGAAUCGUCUUCUUGUUCUCCUUCCUCGUGUUGGUGGCGAUUAAAACUUCAGUUAACUCAAAAUCAAAGUGGUGCUUGUGAUCAUCGAUGGCCUCCAGAUUCACUUAGCGUUUUUGAAGAAUUUUUCGAUAAUAGAGUUUGCUCAUUUCCUUUUCAACCAAGUGCAGUCACUGCAUUUUUCCAACUCUUGCUGCUUCCACCACACGCUUUACGUGCAAUGGCUCGUGUUCUAGCCUUUGAUCUUCACUCACCUGCUCAAGCGCCUGUUUAUGUUCGUAUUGGUCUUAUUGGUAUGGGGAUCAAUUCUCGUGUAACUGCCGUGGCCAAUUCAAUGGGGAAUAAUAAUAAUAAUAAUCAAUCGACGAAUUCUGCACAACAAAAUCUACUCAUAUUUGAUACAGGUACAGAUUUACAAGUCGGUAUGCCCGGAAUAAUUGUACGUCCGCCUAAAAUAACACUACAAUUGUUGAUUAUGCGGUCACAUUCUCGUCAUCAGGCUAAAGGUCCAGUUCCACUUGCACAACUCGUCGUUGUCGGUUAUGAUUGGGAGGCGAAUCAUGUUGUCAUUUAUCCAACAAGUGGUCAACAGCAAGGCGGUGUUGGCAAUAAUAGUGGUAGUAAUAACACUGGUAUUGGUGGCCCUGGUACUUCGUCCAACAAUCUACGAGGUCAGUCGGAUACUGGCGGCGGUAGCAGUCCAAGCCUACUACGAUUGCUGCAUGAUACCGAUGUUGAAUCGAAAGCGAAUGCAAUGGCUUCAAGCAGUAGUGAUUCAGCGCUGGUUCAACUUGUCCUAUUGAUCACACAAACUGUCGCUGCAUCUUAUCCGAUCAGUUCAGCUGGUCCAGCCGCGUUGAAUUCAGGUCUUACAGGGUUUCCAACUGCUCCUGGUAGUGGUGGUGGUGGAGGAGGAGGAGGCCCACAAGGUUUAUAUGGUUAGAUGAAUAAAUCGAUGCGAAUGAAUGGAUCCAUGUGAAUGAAUUGACUUUUUGAUAUAUAUAUAUCGACUUUUUUGUUUUGUUCUGUUUUCUAUUUGAAUGCAUUUAUUUUUACUAUUUUUUUAAAUAAACUGAAUAUCUUACGACUUCAUGUAUAU